AAUAUAUUCAACUAUUGAGCAUGAAUAUGAGCCAAAGAGCCUAAUAGUACUAUUACUACUACUAUUGCUACCACUCCUACCACUUUCUCUGUUUCUUUUUCCCCAUCCAUGGCUUCUUGUAAUGGGAUUGUUCGCCGAAUGGUGAGCCUUCCGCGAAGCAUUUUCGGGGGAUUUUCAAGAGCCAUGGGAGGAAGAAGAUCUCCAACUAUACUACCAUCAAACCUCCAACAACUACAAUAUCCACAAGAUCAUCAUAACAUACUUGUACCACAGGAAAUGGAAUUUCUGGCUAGCUUUGAGCACCAAUAUGGCUUCACUCAUCCAUGCUUCUACACUUGUCAUUUCAUGGAGGCUUUAAAGAUAGCAAAAGAGAAAAAUAAGUUCUUGUUCAUGUAUCUUCAUUCACCUGAACACCCCUUCACUCCUUCCUUCUGUAGAGAAACACUUUGUUCAGAACUGACAGCUGAGUAUCUUGAUGCCAACUUUGUUUGCUGGGGAGCUUUAGCAGAUAAAGGUCAAGGUCUGCAAAUGGCUGCCCUAUUGGGGCCAGCUACUUACCCUUUCUGCACUGUCAUAGCUCCUUCCACUGGGGAUAACAUAGCAGUACUGCAGCAGAUUGAAGGGCCAAUUUCCACAGCUGAGCUGGUGGAGAUUCUGCAGAGAACAAUGGAAGAGCAAGGUUUGGCUUUUGGUGGCUCUAAGGCCAUGCAGGAAGAAAAAAUAAGAGCUGAUCGUCGUUUAAGAGAAGAACAGGAUGCAGCUUAUGUUGCAGCUUUACAAAUUGACAAGGAAAAGGAAAGGCUGAAGAAUCUAGCCUUAAGAGAUCAAAGAGUACAGAAACCAGCAGAAGCUGCAAAAAGAGCAGGUUAUGACAUGUUCAGAAACAAUCCAAGUACAAUUAAGCCUUCUACUACCAGAGAAACUCAAUCUAAUAAUAAACAAGCUUUAAACACAGCAAAGGAUCCUCAGGCUACUCAGAUACUAAUAAGGUUUCCAAAUGGGGAAAGAAGAGAGCAGAGGUUUUCGAGCACAGAAAAAGUGCAGUCAAUUUACAGAUUCAUAAACUCCCUGGGGUUGCCUGGGGUUGAAAACUACAGAUUGGUCUCAAGCUUUCCAAGAAGAGUUUAUGGAGUUGACCAAAUGGGACAGACUCUUAAGGAUGCUGGUUUGCAUCCUAGAGCAAGCCUUUUCCUUGAAACCCUUUGACACUAACUCGAGAUCAACCACUUUAGUAUAACUCAUAAUCAUAUAUAUUUAUAAUCAAGUUUAGAGAUAUUGUUAAUUAAAAAGUGAAUGCUUGAGUUAUUAUCAUCGUCAUUUUU